CGCUCGUCGUCGUUGCAGUGUCGCACCAACCACGCCGCCGCACGCAGUCGCGGGAAGACAGGUGCACCGUGCACUCCUUUCUUAUUGGACCUUCCUUUUGCUUCUGCCCACAACAGUCUCUACAUCCUCGCUGUGUUGUCUCGAGUGUCUGUGAGGAAGAAUGGAACGUUCAAUUCCAGAGGCUGCAGAAUGUGAUCUCUCCAUUCCAAUUCCAAGGGGUGGACCCAUUUACGUUCCUAACAUGGUCGGCCCCUCCACUAGGGUUCCUCACUUUCAGACUUGUCUUCUUUCUGAACUUCGGAAUCUCGAGGCUGAAUUGUCUGAAGAUUUUUCUCACCUUGAUAUCUCGGUGGAUGACCUUAAAAUAUUUACAGAGGAUGACUUAAUGGAUAUGGCUCUCAAAGAAGUAUUUCAAGGUAGGGAGAACGAUGAAAAUCAUCCUCCGCUUCUGGACCAACCCAAUGCGAGCAGGUUCGGUGAGAAGAAAUCAAAUAGAAAGAGGAAGGGAACAAAUGAUUCUGUUCUUGAACUUGGCCUCAGUAGCUGGUGUUACAUGUCAGCUGAUCAUCAAAGUGAUUGUAUAGAAAAGGUGGAACAAGUGGUGAGAAUCAAACAGAAGCAAGAAGAAGACAAAGCAUCAGUCAAACUUCAUUCAUUUGAUCGCAGGAUCAAUGAAGCUGUCCAUAAAUCAACUAGAACAGAAAGGAUGAGGACCCUUAGGUCUACAAGUUCUACCAGAAAGGUCAACACUGCCAGCCUUCAGGAACACUUACCUGUGCUGUAUCCAGAAGUUGUUCUAUCUGUAGAGGUUUACCAUAAUGUUCGAAAGGGUACCAAGAUCCAAGAGUUGUUAGUUCUUGGAGGUCAGACCUUAACUGCUCUGAGGGACAAGAUUUUUUGCUCAACGGACCAGGUGAUGCACAAAGCUGGGCAGCAUGAUCCUUCUGGUUAUUUUCUCAUCGAAGAUGUAUUCUGUCCCGAUUUGAGGGAUCCGUCUGCUAUUGAUCUCACAAGACCUAUACUGGAUUGGCUCAGAGACUCCAAGGAGGAGGCCCAAAAGAAAUGGGAAUAUAUUAUAACUGGGGAACUGCAGAAGAAACAAAAGGCAAUCAUGGGUGAGAAAUCUGCAUCACAAUUGCCUCAUUUUAGAUCCAUUGAGAUGCAUAAGAUACGUUUUUGUGACUUAAGCUUUCAACUUGGUGCUGGAUACCUCUAUUGUCAUCAGGGUGACUGCACCCAUACCUUAGUGAUACGAGAUAUGAGGUUAAUUCACCCUGAAGACGUUCAUAAUCGAGCUGUUUAUCCAAUAAUCACGUUUCAGUUGAAGUUGCGUUUUCAGAAAUGCAAUGUUUGCAAAAUAUUCAGAGCUACAAAGGUCACGGUGGAUGACAAAUGGACACCAGAAAACCCUUGUUAUUUCUGUGAUGAAUGUUUUUCCCUACUUCACCAAGCAGAUGAUGGCACUCUAUUAUAUACUGACUUUGUAGAGUAUGAUUACAACCAUGAUUAAUUGCUGUUAGCCUUGGAAGAACACCCACAGGCAACUAAAGUUCUUUACAAUAAUCUUAUAGAAAAUUGUUUUUUCAUUGUGUAUUGAAUUCUGUAUCUUUGGAAAUUAAAAUCUAUAAUGAGGUCCACAGGGUAGGAGAUAAAUUGUGUCAACCAUGGAGAUGUAUUGUAUAUGUACAAAUGUUUAUGAUCAUGUUUUUCAGAUCUACUGCAAGUAGAACUAUAGAAAAGAAUAGGUUCAGAUCAUGUUUUGUAUCAUACCAAAAAACAUUAAAAUACUAUUCAGUUUCUACCUCUA